GUGCCGGGGGCAGCCCCCCCCCUUCUUUGACCCACUACUGGGCUGUCCCGGGGCGCCCCUGCUGGCCCCCGCCGCCUCCAUGCCGGCGACACUGGACCCCGCCGGGGUGAAGGGCUCAGUGCCCCAGCAGAUCUCGGAGCUGCAGAGCAAGAUCCAGUUGCUGGAGGGUGACCGCAAGGCCUUCUAUGAGAGUGCCCAGGGCACUGUGCAAAGGAACCGGGAAACGGCGCUGUGUCUGCGCCGCGACAACAAGCAGUUACGCAAGAGACUGGCAGAUGUCCUGGUGGGAGAUGAGAAGCUCAUCAGAGAAGUGUUCCAGGACCGGGCAGCAGACAAGGCUGCAAUGAAGAACAAAACUGGAGAUGGUGCAGCAGAGCUGCUGCAACACCGCCUUGCAGAGCAGCGGAACCGGUUGAACUUGUUGCGGCAUCAGACUGGAACACGGAGGCAGCGCCUGGCCCAGCUGCAGCUGCAAUGGGAUGCCCGGGUGCGGGAGGAGCCACACCAGCCUAAUCCUGCCACAGUGCUGCGGGGACUGGAGAACCGGCUGGAGAAAGCACAGCUGAAGGUGGAGGAGGCGGCACGCGUGGGUGCCCUGUACUUGCAGCUCAAGGCGCACAUGCAGGAGCAGAGCCGGAGCAGGGGACCCCGGCUGGAUGCACUGGAGGCCGAGGUCCGGCACCUGCGGCAGCAGCUUUGUGACCUACAGGGCACCAGGGCUGAGGCCCAGGCUGCCCGCGAUGCUGCACGGGAGCAGCUGGCUGUGCAGGAAGCGGAGGCACUGCGGGGACGGCAGAAUCGGGAGCAGGCACUGGCGGAGCUGCGGCGCCAGGCUGAGGAGCGGCGGGCACAGGCUGAACGCCCUGAGCGCCGGGUGCCACGGGAGCGGGGAUCAGUGCCAGGCGAGGAUGUGGCAGCCAGCGGAGGGGCAGGGGCCACAGGGCCCUCUCCCGGAACUGCUCAGCGCCUACUCGGUGCCCAGGAGACUUUCGACAAGGUUAAGGCAGCCACUGGUGUGGCCCGUGCCCAGGAUGUGCUGGCACGGUUCCGGGAGCAGGAGGCGACACAAAGACGAUUGCGACAGCUGGGCCAGGCCCAGGCCAAGGAGCUGGAGCGGCGGCAGGUGCAGGCAGCUGAGCUCCAGGCCAAACGCCAGGCCCUGGCCUACUCAGGGGAUGCCCAACACACAGGAGCCCAGCAGCUGCUGAGGGAACUGCAGGGCCAGCUACGGGAGGCCGAGGGGCGGCGCGAUGCAACGCGGCAGCGGCUGGAGGGGGCUACGAAGGUGCUGCUGGCAGCUGGCGCUGGCUUGGAGCACCUGGCCAGCAAGGUGCAGCAUCUGCCCCUGGAGAGCGGGCACUGGGCAGAGCCACUGCCCCCACCAGGCUCCCGUGAGCACCUGCCUGAGCUGCUGGGGCGCACAGCGAAGCGGCUGCAGCAGCUGCAGGAAGCACUGGAGGGGCAUGAUCAGACCGCGCUGUGUCAAGCUGUGGCCCAUGAAGAGUUCCAGGCCCAGCUGGAGGGGUGUCUGCCCAGUGCCAAUGUCCGAGUGGCCCUGCCCAGCCCCCGCAAGCCAGAUGCCUACUAUGAGGAGGAGGCAAGUGGGGAGGAUGAAGCUGAGGUGCUGACCCGUGCUGCCCUCAAGCGCCAGGCGCAGCAGAUCCUGGAUGCCCGUGGCCCGCGCCGCCCCCCCGGGCCCCGCCACAAGGAUCCCAAGGCUUAGUGGCCCCCUGCCCUGGGGUCAUGAGGCAAAAGUCAAGGUGGUGGUAGGAGGAAUAGAGCCCUAGAGCCCACUCUGC